CCAGAUAGGUGUCAGGCCCAAUUCAUGGGUACUAUUUUAAACCCUAACCCUAAUUAUUCAUCUACUCAUCUCGCGGCUGUUAAUCUCACUUCUCAGCGGGAAGAGUCCGCGUUAGAGUUUGUUGUGGAAGAAUUUGACUGCAACUGAAGAAAAUGAGUAAAGGAGCAGCCGGUGCCGCUGUGAAGGGAGGGAAGAAGAAGGCAUCGACGUUCUUGAUUGACUGCUCGAAGCCGGUGGAGGAUAAGAUCAUGGACAUUGCUUCUCUGGAAAAGUUCCUCCAAGAACGCAUCAAGGUCGGCGGCAAGCCCGGUGCCCUCGGUGACUCUGUUACUGUCACUCGCGACAAAAGCAAGAUUACCGUAGUUGCCAAUGAGACAAGCUUUUCGAAGCGGUACUUGAAGUAUUUAACGAAGAAGUAUCUGAAGAAGAACAAUGUGCGUGAUUGGCUGCGGGUGAUUGCUUCGAACAAGGAUAGAAAUGUUUAUGAAUUGAGGUACUUCAACAUUGCUGAGAAUGAGGCUGAGGAGGAAGAGUAAUGGAAGAACAGUUAUUCAUAUUUCCCGUGUUGAUUUUUGUUUUGGCUACUGUUUACUGUGUUGGACAUCAGUUUCAAUUUGCUUUUUCGGAAUCAAAGGGUUUGGAUGUUCGCUUUAUAAUGGAGUUUAACUAUCAUUUCGGUGCUAAUAUGCUGUAAACUUCAUUUGGAAUUUUAUUAUCUCGUGAAUGGUAAUGAUUUACUAGCGGCUUUGCAUGGACGGGGCUGGAUCAGAUUGUGACUUGUAAUGAAUAUAAUAUUUCUUCA